GCGCGCCGUAUGCGCAUGCGCAGCUUCUGUCACGGCUUAACCAAUCAAAACAAUUAGAAAAAAAAAACACUGGUGUGUACAUCAGCGUAAAAACUAUCAGCGGAUUACAGUGAAUUUAACUCGGAUCCGUGAAAAUUGUGUUACCGCUUACACUGGCGACAGGUAAUCGUGCCGUUAACGAAAUUCGUUUAACGUUUCUAUUAACUGUUUUAUGGCCUGUACAGUGCUUCUAUUGUUGUGUGCACUCCCACUAAUCUCCUAUUCACCUGUGCCACUGCGGUUUGACUGUGAAAUGUGACAAAAAAUUGCAAUGAACGCCUAUUGUGGAUGCGGUACCGCAGUGUGUUGAGUCUGGACUACCUGAGCGACGGAGGGUUGAGCCCGCGCAUGAUCGAUAGCUCAGUGACGACUUAUGGUAAAAGAUGUCUGAGAACGGUGGAACAGCAGUAUCAAGAUCCUCCACACCUCAUCCAGUGACCGAAGCACAAGCCAAUGCUCCCCUGCGGUCGAGACAUGAUCAGUUUCUCGCUAGUACCACUGAACGCACGCAGCAAAGGCAAUCUUCCAGCGGCAGAAAUCCAAGUGUCAGCUUCGAGUCUCCACCACUGCCUUACCAUAGGCAGAUAGCUACCGGGUCCUUACUAACGUCAUCCCAUCGAGAAUCAUCAGCUUUUGUACCGGUGGUACCAACAAGAUCGAUGCAUCCUGUCAUGUAUCCUAGCGAGAUGCAUCCAGCAUUGAUACCGUCUGAAAUAAUAGAGAGAGAACGUAUGCUAGAUAGAGAAAGAAACGAACCAGCGAAAGGCUCACCGGAUAGAGCUCCAGCAAGCUUUCCCAAAAGAAGCUCGUUCGAUUUAAUGGCUAUGAUGGUUGAAAAAAGAAAAGAGGUGGCACUACGAGAAGCUGCAGCGGCAAUGCUACUCCCUCAUCACAGAGCAUCGUCAAUGGACGGUAUGAUGUCUGAUGGGUCUCCGCAACCUCCGAUUUACGGGCCUCCCGGUGCGUUCCUUGGAGCGCCGGGUCCUUCUCCGACAGCUGCUGGAAACUUUACAUUUCCUGGAGCGGGUCUAUUCCCACCUAAUGCCGGGCCGCACCAGAUCCAUCCGUUAGACCGUAGGUUGCUGAGAGCGCCUGGCCGAGCUUCGCGGCCGAAGAAACAAUUCAUUUGUAAAUUUUGCAACCGACAAUUUACGAAAUCCUACAACCUACUCAUCCACGAGAGAACCCAUACAGACGAGCGGCCGUAUUCCUGUGAUAUCUGCGGAAAGGCAUUCAGAAGACAAGACCACUUACGAGACCAUCGGUACAUACACUCCAAAGAGAAGCCUUUCAAAUGCACAGAAUGUGGCAAAGGUUUUUGCCAGUCGAGGACGUUGGCCGUUCACAAAAUUCUACACAUGGAAGAGUCACCACACAAAUGUCCAGUUUGCAGCAGAAGCUUCAACCAACGAUCCAAUUUGAAGACACAUCUAUUAACACACACAGACCAUAAACCUUAUGAAUGCAAUUCAUGUGGGAAAGUGUUCAGACGUAACUGUGAUCUUCGGAGACAUGCACUUACUCAUGCAGUCGGUGACGUACCACCGGGAGAUGUGCUAGACGUAGGCGAAGAAGACAUCGGAAGACCAGGAUCUCCCAUUGAACCGGGCUAUGAUGAUGAAGAUGCCGAAAUUUCAUCACCUGAACACUCCCCAGUGCGGAGAGCAAGAUCUUCAUCAGUGGAAAGCAUUGGACAAGAACCACAAAGUGAGGAAAAACCACGACGGCAAUCGCCAACACCUGUAGAACGCACCCAUUGUCAUCACAAUGAGCAAAGGGACAGAGCAAGCCCAUACACAAUGCGUCCACAACACACAGACAAACAUCGAGCUUACUCAUCAGAUGAAUACGAAAAACGUCGAUACACUACUGAGGAAAUAAUGGAAAAAGAAAUGCGCUACACAGAGAUUCCUGAACAACAAGUACGGCAUCCACAAUUACAAAUCAGACGAGAUUUACACCAGAUUCCUCCUCCAGAUCCGUCCAAAAUGACUCAAAUUACAAGUCCGUCCAUUGAUCCGGGACCUUCUAAUAUGUACUUGCCUCCAUUUAGAAAGAGAAGUCACCCACCAGAUAUCGGAGAUAAUCCAAGGUCAUGUGCUGCAGUUUACAGAAGCAGAUCACCGGAGCCAACCAAUCUCACAAUGCCUCGGCCUCCAAUAGGAAAUGGGGAAAUGGUAGUCGGUAUAGCUCCUACACUUAUGGGAAUGCCGGCAUAUCAUAAAUUUGGAUUACCGAUGCCACCUCCUCACCCGCAAAUCGCAUACGGUCCAGUGCCUCACCCUGUUUUGGCACCACAACAAACUGUCGCUCAAGACUUGAUUGUUAAGCAUGCGCCGCCGAAGGACACAAUACCUUCAACGUCCACUAUAGUUACGAACUGCAAAGAUGCAGGUACAAGCAUGAAGGAUGCAGAGGAAUCAAGUUCGUCUUACAUAGCGAGUGGCAUUAAAAAUAUCAUUGGUAUUCAACCGCCGGCCAAUCCCAAGCCGGGGACAAGCGGAUCCAGUGGACCGAAAAAAGGUUUCAGUAUAGAAGAUAUCAUGAGACGUUAAUUUAAUGUAACUAAAGUAAUUGCAUUUCAAAUAAGAAGCUAAAUUUAUACGUAGUUCUACUUUUGUGAAAAGUAUUAUUAGAUAAAUUCCUUAUGUUAAUUGCAUGCGUAGGUUUUUGAUGUAUGUAUGUUUUUUUUUUACGUAUUCAACGUGGAUUUGGUUUUCGUGAAGAUCUCAUAUGAUUUGUUUGUGCAGUGUUUUGUUUACUUCAAAAUUUUAAGAAAUUAUAUUAUUAUGAUAAACACUCAUUAUGAAAUAGUGUUUCAAACACAUAUUUUUUGUUUGUUCGAAUUGAAAAAUACGUUUCGUGUUAUGUAUGUAAUUUUUCAGCGAUUUUGUAUCUGGUUAUUAAUAAAAAUAUUAAGUUAUAUUUUUGCUAACGAUA